AUGGGGAUGACUUGGACUGUGACAGUUCAUUCUUCAGAUGGAGCCAAUAAUGAUGCUGAAAUUGGGACUGCUCCUCUGCCACCUCAUCCCAAGUCGGCGGCUGGUGAGACUUCCCAAUAUGCCAGCAUCUAUUCAAGUAGCGGCUUCGAUAUAAUGGGCGUCUUGGCCGAAGUAGUGUCAAGACCGAAUCCUAAAAUCAAUAUCGGCGCAGUUGAUUUGUCGUGCGCGUUUGUCCUUUGCGAUAUAACUCAAAAUGAUCAUCCAAUCAUUUAUGUCUCCGAAGCAUUUGAACGACUUACCGGCUAUACGGAGCAGGAGAUCGUGGGCCAAAACUGCCGGUUUCUUCAAGGGCCAGAAGGCGUUGUCCAAAAAGGCAUGAAACGAACUUUUGUCGAUGACGAAACCACCUCGCGCCUGCGGUCCACAAUCGAGGACCGAACAGAGAUUCAAGCCAGUCUCAUCAACUACCGGAAGGGUGGACAGCCGUUUAUGAAUCUGAUAACAAUGAUUCCCAUUCGCUGGAGCUCUCAGGAAUAUCGCUUUUAUGUGGGGUUCCAGGUUGACCUGGUUGAGACACCCGAUGCCGUCACGAGGAGAAAUCCGAGUAGGGUCCAAGUUUGA